AUGCUUGUACCUACAACUGAUCAGGUCAGAAACAAGAACAUCAUCACUAGAUUACUUAGUAACAAAAAUGCUGUGUUGGCUGUAGGAUUGACAGGUACUGGAAAGACUGUUUUAUUGAAUGGAGUUCUCCUUUAGAUGUUUGAGUACACUACUAUGAACAUUGUGUUUUCAGCACAGACUUCCUCAUAAAAGACUCAAGAAAUGAUUGAAAGUAAAUUGGUAAAGAGAUCUAAAAAUAAGAUGAUUCCUGAUGGCAAGAAAAUGAUCAUAUUUAUUGAUGAUCUCAAUAUGCCCAGAAAGGACAUUUAUGGAAGUUAACCACCUCUUGAACUUAUUCGUUAAUGGAUGGAUUAUGAAGGAUGGUUUGAUCGUACAAACAGAGAGCUAUUCAAAUUCAUUUUAGAUAUUCAAUUCGUAUCAGCUAUGGGACCUCCAGGUGGUGGUAGAGCAGAAAUCUCUACUAGAAUUCAAAACAAAUUCCAUGUCAUCAAUUUUGUUGUGCUCUCAGAUCAACAAGUCAAGAGAAUCUAUUAAUCCAUUUUGGCUUAUAAAUUUUAAGAAUUUGAGGAUGAAAUCAAAUUACUCAUUGAACCCAUUGGCUAAGCCACAUACAACUUAUUCUAGAUGGUCACAAAUAACUUUUUGCCUACUCCUGCCAAAUCUCAUUAUGUCUUCAAUAUGAGAGACAUCUCCAAAGUCAUUCAAGGAGUCUACUAAUUAGACAGAUUGUAUUGUGAUAACAAAAUGACUGUACUUAGAUUGUGGGCGCAUGAAUGUUUAAGAGUAUUCCAUGAUAGACUCAUUAGUGUUGAGGACAGAUAAUUAUGCAAAUAAUUGAUCAACGAUCAAUUGGUCUCAUGUCUCUAAACCACCAUCAAAGAGUGUACUAAUGAAAAUGAAGAUGACACAGUCUUUGCCAAUUUCAUGGAGGAAAGUGGAGGCAAAUACAUUGAAGUGACAUAUAAUGACAGAGAGAAUUUGAAGAAAUUCUUAGAGGAGAAAUUGGUCUAAUUCAACACUGAAAAUAAGUCUAAGGCCAUGAACAUAGUUCUCUUUUAAGAAGCAGUCCAUUACAUUUGUAAGAUCAAUCGUAUCAUUAAUUUGGGCAAAGGACACGGAAUGCUUGUUGGAGAAGGUGGUGCUGGUAGACACUCACUCACAAAAUUAGCCACUCAUAUUGCUGAAUACAAGAGUUGGUAGAUUGAAGUCAGUAAGAAUUAUAGAAUGAAAGAGUUCAGAGAAGACAUCAAAAAAUGGUGUGAAGAGGCAGGAUUUAAGGGAGUCUCUGGAACCUUCAUCUUUAGUGACAAUCAAAUUGCUAAUGAGGGAUUCAUUGAAGAUAUCAAUAACAUUCUCUCUGUGGGUGAGGUACCAAAUCUAUUCAGUCAAAAGGAAGACUAUCCCUAGAUCAAAGAUAGAGUCAGAAAGCAUUACAGAGAAGAAAACAAAUUAGACAAGGAUGCUAAAAUCCAAGAUGAAGACCUCAUCGAAUAUUUCUUCACUAGAAUUCAAAACAAUUUCCAUCUUAUGAUUUUGAUGAGUAAGACUGGAGAGAAUCUAAGAAACUAUUGUCGUAUGUAUCCAGGUUUGGUUAAUAAUACCACUAUGAUUUGGUUUAUGCCAUGGCCAGAAUAGGCUUUGGUUGAAGUGGCCAACAGAUACUUGUUACAAUUAAAGUUGGACGAUGAAUUAACUGCUAACAUUGCCAAUGCUUUCCUUGAGUAAUAAAAAGGUUCCAAGAAUUAAAAAGAAUCUACUAUGUGA